GCUGAUUGUCGACAGUUUGACGUUUGUGACAUUUCGCCUCUGGCAUGGUUUUAGGUUAUAAUUUGAUACAAAAACAUUAAAUAUCCUAUUCUUAUACGAAACGCGAAAUAUUUGAAGUAUUUAUAUAAUACAUGUGAUAUAAAUCAUAUGUGAAAAAAUGUAUGUUGCGGAACCAAAUCCAUGAAAAGUUUAUCAAAAAUAAAUUUCAUGAGUUACGCAAGUUUUUGCCUAAAGGAAACUUGACGAAAGAUUAAAUUCUACUGAAUUUAAAAUGUCGCAAACGGUUGCAGACAAAACAGAUCGAGAUAAUACACCUUCCGAAUCCACAGAACCGUCAAUAAACCCAGAUGAAAAGUGGCUGAUCAGAGAUUGUGAAGUAUACAAAGAUGAGUACAAAGAAUGUACAAGUUUCCGGGGAAGAUUUCACCAGUAUUUUAUCUUUGGCGAGGCACUUGACUGCAAUCAAUGGAAAAAAGACUAUGACAAUUGCUGCAAAUGGGAGAAAAGUGAAGAUGUUAAAGCUGGUGUAGCUGUAAUAGAAAGUGAAAAACAACGUCGUUUAGAAAGGUUAAGAGCUCACUAUAGAAAUGAUACAUGGAAGAAACGUGAUGCGCCACCAACCGACUGGGACAAACCACUGCCAGAGUGGAUGGCUAAAAGAGAUGAAAAUACUUUUCUCGCACAGAAAGCCAAAGAAAUGAAAGAAGGAAAAAUGGAAGAAACCAGUGAUAGUUUCUGUACAAUAAUGUGACACUAACAAUUUUUUUAGUUCGUGUAAAAUAUUAGACAAUACCUAUUCUACAAUAGUACAAUUAUUAU